GGCCAACAGCUCCCAGGUUCAAUAGAUAAGUGAAGUACUAUACUCUGCAGUCAUGUACAAUAUAGUACUGUACAAAGCUGGCUGUCCUGGAUGCGUUUGGAUUACGAAGGGAGUGCUGAUCAGCAUCAUUCACCGUCUGCAGUUCGUGGGGGCAGGACUGAACUUCGGAUGAAUUUGUUCAAGUUCGUGUUUCAUUUGUGAUAGAACUGCUGUUGCGACUGAAAAGCAAGAUCCGGGAAAGUAACUUUUAACUUGUCGGAGUUGCACCGAUUUCCAAAAAUGAUAAAAUCCGUGUGAAGAAGUUGCUUUCGCUCGUGGAACAGUCCUGUGAUUUUUGCUGCGAUUCAUGGCUGAAAUAAGACGCCUGAAAAAACUUCACCGAUUGAAACAUGGUAGCAACGUUCGGUCGCCGCAAGCUACAUUUUUUGGCGAAACUCAGGAGACCGAACUUAAGCCGCUUGUCCUUCAAAAAUUGCUUAGCAGCGCUCGAGCUGAUGGAUCUCUGAAGCUCACUAAUAUGGGACUUCAUGAAGUUCCUCAAACAGUUUGGCGAAUCAAUGAACCUGGGCAAGAAUCAAAAGAAAAUCAGUCUUUCGAAUCCAGCGGAUUGAAAUGGUGGGAACAGGCAGAGCUUACAAAGCUUUUUCUGAGCUCAAACCAGUUGUCAGCACUUUCCGUUGAUCUAGGACUGCUCACCGGCCUUGAAACCUUGGAAAUUCAAGAUAAUCUCGUCACCGUCAUUCCUGAUGAAUUCAAAAACCUCACGAAGCUUACGCGGUUUAUCGCUGCGAGAAAUCGUCUUGAAUCUCUACCGCCAACGUUCGGAGACGCAACUGCGCUAUCCGAAGUAAAUCUAUCAAAGAAUGUCCUGAAGGAGCUUCCUGCUUCAUUUGGACAAUUAAUUCGACUCGGUGUUUUGGACUUGAGCAAUAACAAAUUGACCAAGUUGCCGGAUUGUUUUGGGGGAUUCGCGGCACUUACCACUUUGGACUUGACGAGUAACCUUCUAACAUGUAUUCCUGAUUCUUUUGGCUCUAUGAAGUGCCUUCGAACAUUGCGGCUUGGUAGCAACAAAAUUUCUUCCCUACCGUCGUCGGUUGGGUCCUUGGAAUCGCUGGAAGUGCUACACUUGUCCAACAAUUUUCUGAAAGAAAUCCCUUGUUUGGAACCGAAUCUGAAAUCUGUGCUGAAAGAGUUGCAUGUUGAUUCGAACGCUAUCACGAGCCUGCCAGUUACUUUGACCGAAUGUUCAAAGCUGGCCAUUUUGGUGGCGAGGGACAAUCGCAUAGACGAAUUACCAGCCGGCAUGAGCAAGAUGUUGAACAUACGAUCCCUGGAUCUUUCCAGAAAUAGUAUAUCCAAUGUGCCAUGCGAACUUGCACUCCUCGAAGACCUUAAGUCACUUCUUCUGGAAGGGAACCCCAUUCGAACGAUCCGUCGGGAUGUUUUGAGCGCUGGAACGAGGGAAAUCAUGAAAGUUUUGCGAUCGCGCUUGGCUCCUUCGGAAUGCUUUGCUGGCCACGCCCCAGCCGAAAAUGCCGAAGUACUGAUUCCAUUACGUUGCAAUCAACCUGUGAUCAGCAAGGUUGCUGAGUGGCGAGACAAGGAGAGAAUGUUUCGUACGAAAUCGCUCUUGGCCACCGGUCUGAAGAAUGGUCCAGAAGAGCUUUCCGUAGAGGUUUUUGAAGAUGCACUCGGUGCCAAUGUGACUGAAGUUUCCAUCACGAAGAGUAAAUUGGUUGUGUUCCCGGAAGGGUUGCGGAUAGUUGUGAGCCAGUUGACGGUAUGCAACUUGGCUGGGAAUCGACUGGAUACCCUACCGUGUUGGUUCAACAACCUCCAGUACUUGCUCAUGCUUGACAUAUCGUCGAACGCGUUCGAAAGCUUGCCGGAAGGCUUUCUCGGGUCGUUGCCAAAACUCCGAGAGCUCAAUCUUUCCCAUAACCGCCUCACCGACUUCCCGAAUGGCCUGGAAACAUGCAACAAACUCGAGCUCGUGUUCCUGUCUGGGAAUCAAUUGACGGAAUUGCGUGUCGACGUACUGGAGAAGCUAGAGAACUUGGCUCACCUCGACUUAUCGAAUAACAGCAUCAAAUCUGUUCCCCCGAGGCUUGGACUUCUGACUGGGCUGAAGACUUUGAAGUUGGAGGGCAACUUGUUCCGUCAGCCAAGACAUGACAUUUUGGGACGAGGAACGGACUUCAUUCUGAAAUAUUUGCGCGACAAGAUUCCAUCUUUCGACUGUCUCCUACCCAGCAAAAAAUUGGGCAUUAGAAAUUUUUUGGCCUGGGUGCACCCAUUCACCAAGGCAUUUGCUGACCCAUUCAUUUGGCUUCUUCCAAAAACCAAACGGCCAGCUGCUGCUAGUGAAGCUUUGGCGUGGCUUCGACGCGCGUGUUCUGAAGGUAUGGCCGAGAACGGAGAGCUUAAUGUUGACAACUUGAUCCAACGGCUGUUGGAAGUGCGAGGAUGCCGGCCUGGGAAAACUGUUCAAAUGUCUGAAGCGGAAGUUAGAGGCCUGUGUUUGAAAUCAAGAGAAAUAUUCUUGCAGCAGCCGAUUCUUUUGGAACUAGAGGCUCCCUUGAAAAUCUGUGGAGACAUUCACGGACAGUACACGGACUUACUGCGUCUGUUCGAGUACGGAGGAUUUCCACCAGAAGCAAACUACCUUUUCCUUGGUGACUACGUUGAUCGAGGAAAACAGAGUUUGGAAACUAUUUGCCUUCUGUUGGCCUACAAGAUCAAGUACCCGGAGAAUUUCUUCUUGUUGCGCGGAAAUCACGAGUGCGCAUCCAUCAACCGAAUUUAUGGGUUUUAUGAUGAAUGUAAACGUAGGUAUAACAUUAAGUUGUGGAAAACGUUCACGGAUUGCUUCAAUUGCUUGCCAAUUGCUGCAAUCAUCGACGAGAAAAUUUUCUGCUGCCACGGUGGUCUGAGCCCUGACUUGCAAUCAAUGGAGCAGAUUCGCCGUAUAAUGCGUCCGACAGAUGUUCCUGACACUGGUCUGCUAUGUGAUCUCUUGUGGUCUGAUCCGGACAAGGACGUGCAAGGGUGGGGCGAAAAUGACAGAGGCGUUUCUUUCACAUUCGGCGCUGAUGUUGUUGGGAAAUUCUUGAAUCGCCAUGAUCUUGAUCUCAUCUGCCGCGCACAUCAGGUUGUCGAAGACGGUUACGAGUUCUUUGCUAAACGACAAUUGGUGACGUUGUUUUCCGCUCCGAAUUACUGCGGAGAAUUCGAUAACGCCGGUGGGAUGAUGUCCGUCGACGAGACACUCAUGUGCUCAUUCCAAAUCUUGAAGCCGUCUGAAAAGAAGGCCAAGUACCAGUACGCUGGUCUGACCCAAGGUCGCGGUACGCCUGGUGUUCAGCGAGGCCUGCCCCCGCAGAGGAGAAAAUUGUGAACUUGACCGAAUUUCGAAUCCCGAGUGAUUGUAUGACUGGUAUGAUCCUUCAUGCGUGCUUGAAAGAUUUUUCAAUGUAUGUGCGUGGGCGUGUUUUGCUAGAUGUGGAAAAACUCACACUUGCAGCUAUUAUUUUCAUCGUGAAAGACAUUAUUUUUAAUAUCACUGUUCCGUAAUUACAUGUUUUGAUUGACUUCUGCCGGCUCUCGAAAUACUUGGGAUGCAUUUCGGUGUGCCGAAAUUGCCAGUAGGAUCUGAUUGGGCGAUGGAAAUCGACGAUUUUACUUUCUGUCGCGUAGUAGCUUAUUAUAUUCCAUUUUAAAACUUAAAUUUUACGCCAGGUUGAGUCAAGUUAUGUCACGUCAGGAUAGAUCACGAUACUCGUGUGGACCGCUUCAAAGUUGAAAUGUGGCCUGACAUUCGAAACGAUGUAAAGUAUUCAAAAAAAUACUUUUCGAUGUGUGUAAUGCGCAGGUAACAAGUUCGAAAUAUUCUGUUAGAUUUUGUUCUGCUUCGUCGACUGCUAUUUUUUUGUUGUUGAAAGGAUUCUGGUACAUGAUCUUCGCUGAAUGAAGCAGCUCAGAGUUGGAAACGGGAGUAUUGCGGUUGAAAAAUGUGAAACUCACAUUUUCGUGAAACCAAAGAUCAUCUGUGCAAAAGCUGGGAUCAGGAGUUGAAUUUCGCAUUUUUCCGAGGUUUGAAAAAGGCGAUUCAACAUAAUUUUACUAUUCCAGGAUAUGUUAUGAUCUUGCAGGACGCCUCCUGGUUAUUAACUCAUCAAAUUCUGUUGUUCCGUGAAAAUUUUUCUCCUUUCAGAAGCGAUUUUUUUUUGGUUGACCAUAAUGCAUUGUGAUUCAGUGCACAGAAAUGUACCGAGGAACUACGAGAGAUAUCCGAUAAGGAUUAGUUACUAGUAUUCAAUUUUAACCGUUUCUGGAUGUUAUUCAUAGAACGACGAAACAUUAUUUGUGUGUUUUAUGUACGCAUUCCAUUUGUAAUCAGUUCGCUUGAGGUGUUCGUAACACGUGUGCAUUUCUUUUAAAUUUAGCAUUUCAUGGACAUCAAUUGACGAAUUCUAAAUGCAGAUUUGGUGAAGUGUUUUCUGUUAUACUUUCGGAACGUGAUUAGGUUUGUUUAUUUUCGUGCCGCGAGGAAUUCCCGCGUGAUCGGUACGAGACUUUCACUCGUUGGGUUAAUGCGUCGCUCAUUUUUUUCGGAUGAUUCGGUAAUGCAAGAGUGCGAAUAUGUUCUUAUGUUCUUGUAUCUUCAAUGUUUCCCAUUGAAUAAUAUCUUCUGGAAAUUUUGAUAGCCCUAAAAUGUUAGUCCAAGUUGUUAUGUCAGUUACUCAAUUGUCAAGUCUGGCUGGUUUCUUACGAUUAAUUCUAAAAUCCGCACAACCAUGAGAGUCUUAUUAGGUCCUAAUUAUUGUAAGGGUUUUUACAUGUGCAGUAUUAUGAAUAGUGGGCCAAAUUAAUUCGAAAUUCAAUUAUUAGUACAUGUAUCUCGAGAUUUUGGUCGUUGAUUUUGACAGAAAUUGUAGUCACAGGCAGUCCAUGGGUUAUUGCUCAAUUUGGCUUCUCGGUAUUCAUCCUGUAGUUCUUAAAAUUUCGAAAAUUCAAUGAGGAUUUUUGGACUCGCCUUGUUACCCAAUGUUGGAAAAAGCGUGC